AUUAGUCAAGCUUUACAAGUAUUAUGUGAGAAAAAAUGUAGCAAGGUGGAAAACACAUCAAGUAGGUCACAAUACCAUCACAAUGAUUCUAAUUAAAUAACCACAGACACAAUGGAGAAGGGUGUUUUAGAGGGUAAUUUGUCAGACUUGCGUAAUGAAGAUUCGAAUAUUGUUCGAAUUUUCACAUGUACUGCAUUAGCAGAUAUGUUGCCCGAAAGAAAUUACCUGAUGAAAAACACUUAUCCACAACUGCGAGAUGUAUGUUCAGAGUUGGGAUUGGAGUUUGAAGUAGUGGACCUGACAUGGAGUGCUAGUGAGGAAACCUGCGUUGAUAAUGAAAUUACUGAGUUAUCUUGGAAAGAAAUUUCAAACUGUCAACGGCUGUCGCAUGGGCCAAAUUUCAUUACUCUUUUAGGAGAUAAGCAUGGUUGGCGUUAUCUCCCAUCAACCAUUGCGGAGGAAGAAUUUGAAAUAUUGGUAAAGAUCUUAAAAGAAGAAGGGAAAGAUGUAACUUUGCUACAAACAUGGUUUGAGAAGGACAAUAAUAUUAUUCCACCUACGUAUGUUUUGCAGCCUACUAGCAUAUCAUCGUUCAACUAUAUGGACAACCAAACCACUUCAAAGCAGAGUGACAUACGAAAAAGAUGGUUGGAUAAAUUUGAAGAAAUAUCACAAAUUUUGCGAGAUGCAGUUCAAAAAGCUGUAGGGAAAGAAGUCUUACCAGCUCACACUUGCGAUAAAUAUCUAAUGUCAGUGACUGAACAUGAGAUACAAAAAGGACUAUUCAACUCGCUGGAUCCAAUAAAGCAGUGUUCUUGCUUUGUUCGUGUUUUGCAAGACGUUCCACAAGCCGUAGACGACGUAACUAUUAAGUUAUACUUUGAUAACAUCGAUGAUAAGACUGCUUCGGUGGAGAAACAAAGACACGACAACUUAAAGUUUGAAAUGAUCCCGAAAGUUCUAGACAAGAUUACACUCGAAAAUUUCGAAGUGAAAUGGAAAAGUGGUGGAAUGGAUCCAACUUUUAGUGAACAUAAAAAGUAUCUUCAGCAACUUGGAACAAGUGUACAAUCUAUUUUGUUGAAUCAGAUUCAUGAAUAUUCUGAUAAGCGUUUACAAGAUGGCGCUGUUAACCGAAAUAAAUUAAUAACCGAAGUUUUACAUCACAGCUCGUUUUGCUUCAAGAUGUGCAAGUCUUUUUAUGGAAGAGAAAAAUUAUUAGAUAAUUUAAAAUUCGCGCUUGGAUCCAAAAUAAAAAUUGCUGAGCAAGACGUCUUCGUCCUUUAUGGCGCGUGUGGUUCAGGAAAAACGUCGGUGAGCGCCAUGCUGGUAAAACAUGCAAGAGAGUGGUUUAACGACCCAAACAUGGUGGUCAUCUCGCGCUUUCUAGGAACGUCACAACAAAGUAGUAACAUCAAUGAAUUAAUUUCUAGCUUGUGUGACCAUAUAAGUGAACUGUACAAUCUCGAAAAACCAAGCUCUGAUAUCUUAAAUGACGUAAACAUGAUGAUGCGAUACUUCCAUUAUCUUUUGCAACAAAUAAAAUCUCCACGUCUUCUCAUUGUGUUGGACUCGAUUGACCAACUAUCUGCAAAAAACAAUGCAUAUUCAUUAACAUGGCUACCAGAAAACCUUAAUGAGAACGUUUCAAUUGUCGUAUCGGCCCUCUCUGAUUGUGCAAAUAUUCUCGAUAUUCUCAAGACACGUUACACAUUUCCUGAUAAUUUUUUACCAAUCGAGGCACUGAAUGAAGCAGACAUUUCCACCAUAUUAGAUAACCUGUUUGCAGAGCGCAAGAGAAGGUUAACAGCGGACCAACAGAAUUAUCUAUUUGAGUGUUGUACGGCAUGUCCGAAUCCUCUAUACGUGAGACUUGUGUUCGAUAAAGCUUCUAAAUGGAAAUCUUUUGACUCGAUUACUUCAAUUUCCCUCCCAACAACAACAAAUUCAGCGAUAUCAUCGCUAUUUCAGGAGACUGAAGCAAAGUUUGGAGAAGUUGAAGUGUCCCAUGCUUUAGGAUACAUCACUGCUUCGAAAAACGGUUUAACAGAGAAUGAACUUGAAGACAUUUUGUCAUUAGAUAAUACAGUGUUAAAUUCUGUUUACGCCGAACAUUCUCCGCCAACCGAAGAGUUCAUUCGCUUCCCGUCUUUGUUUUGGAAGCUGAUUCGCUAUCAUUUAGAAAGUCAUCUUGUAGAAAAAAAUUCCGAUGGGUGCACGGUACUUAAGUGGUCUCAUCGCCGACUCAGGGAGGCUGCGGUGGAUAGAUACUUAUCCGACGAAACGAAGACGAAACAUUUGUAUAAUAUUCUGUCGGACUUUUUUCUAGGAAAAUAUUCCAAUGCAAGUGGCAAGACUGUUUGUUUAAAACAAAGUCAGAAAGUUUUGAAAGAUGUUGACCGAUUAGUAAAAACACAACCGUUGACUUUUCAAAAAGGUUUAUAUAACUUUAGAAAGUUAAACGAGAUGCCGUCAGCAAUGAUAAAGAGUGGAAGACAAAGGGAGUUGUUUAAAUACGUGUUUUUCAAUUUCCAAUGGAUUGAAUGCACGAUAAAAGCCUUGUCAGUCAGACAUCUUGUAAACGACAUGAUUUGUUACCUCGAAUUGAAUGACGACCGAGAAGUAAAAGUGGUACACGACGCGUUCUUACUAAGGUUAAAUCAUAUUGAGAAAGAAAAAGAUCAGGUAGCAAGUCAAUUACUGGGUACAUUAAUAGGAUUUGAGGAAAAAGGAAUGGAGAAUGUGAAGAAGUUACUUUUUGCCUGCAGACGUCACAUCCAUGAUCUUAAUAAGGCUGCGUUGUUGCUGAGAUCUGCAUGUAUGAUCCCACCAGGGGGAACACUGCGAACAACACUACAUGGACAUCAGGGAAAUGUAGAAAAGGUGAUCUUUUUGACCGAUAUAGACAAUAUUGUUUGCUCGUGUAAGGGAAAAGAUCGCUUCAUUUACGUGCACUUUUGGUCCAUAAGUGCAGCUUGUAACCUAAAGGUUUUAAAAUUUCCUUGUAAUAGGUAUGCAGAUUUAGUAUGGAAGAAAGGAUGGGAAUAUCUCCUCAUAAUAGCUGAUCAAAUCAGUUACGUUGACAUUCGUAGUCGAUCUGUCACACACUCUGUGAAGAAUCCAAACGCACCAAUAUCAUGCUUAAAAGAGAAACAAGAUGGACAGCUGGUAGCGUUGGCUCAUACAAACGGUCACGUGCGUAUCCUGGCCGUCAAAAUGCGCAAAGUAAUUGCAGAAUGCGAAGACUUAAAAGAUAUAUGCUCUAUGGAGUUCCUUUCAAAUUCGACUGAAGUAGCAAUUGCUUCAGAUAAUUUAGCUACUUUAGCCUUGCUAAAUUAUAGUAACCAUCAAGUGCGACAUUUCGAGGCUCCGCAAAACAAAACAAAAAUGGCAUCCAUGUUGCUGUCAAUGGCAAACGAUAGUGUCUUGGUCUCCACCUCAGAUAAUAUAAUAAACGUUUGGGAUGUUAUCAAUUUGUCAUUCUCAUAUAGCCUUGAAGAUCAUCAAGAUAAAAUACUUAGCGUAGAAAAGGUAAAUGAGGACGUGUUUGCUUCGGGUUCAAAGGACAACACCAUUAAGAUCUGGUCCGUUGGUCAUCAAACUUUACUUAAAAACAUGACAGGGCAUGAAAACGCUGUAAGCUGUUUAAAAUUUUGCUCAACAUCUAAAAGAUUGUUCAGCGGCUCGAGAGAUGAGUACGUAAAAAUUUGGAAUCUGGAAACAUCAUUGUGUGAACAUACCCUAAUUGGUCACUGUUCUUGGAUAUCGUCUGUUGAUGUAUCACACGAUGGAAGCAUCGUUGCUUCUGGAUCUUCUGACGGCAAAGUUAAAAUAUGGAAUACUAAGGUUGGGAAGGAGCAAAUAAAACAACCAAAGUUUGUUCACCAUCAAAAACUUUGUAAUGGGGCAGUGAUUUCAAAUAACGGUUGUUAUGCAGCGACUAUAAGUGGUAAAGAAAAAUUGAUCGUGUGGAAUGAGUCUAAAACAAUUGCAUUGCGAGAGAUAGAAAGUGAUCCUGCUUGUGUAGCUUUUUCGAACCAAAAUUCGAGAUUGGUCAUCGGGACUGGAGAAGGAUUUGUUAAUGUAUACGAUAUAACAGAUAAAGCUUUCAAUCUUUGCUUUUCGCAUAAAUCUCACUAUAAAUCCGUAGUCGGUGUGACUCUCCUUGAUAAAACGAAAACUGUCGUUUCUGUGGGCGAAGAUGGAAAUGUAACACUCUGCGAUCUUCAUUUUCAAGAAGAACUCCAAAGGCUUGAAUGCCAUAGCUCUGAUAUAUCUUCUUUUUGCCUCUGUCAGGAAACUGGUCUAUUAGCUACUGGUGGAGGCGACAAUGUCGUUACAGUGUGUCGCAUUUACAACGAAGAAAUCGUCAUAAAAAUGAAAUUAAAAGGACAUGAAAAAAUGAUUUCUUGUGUGACCACGUCUGCCUGUAAUAACUACCUGUUAUCAGGAGACGGAACUGGUUUCAUAUUUAUUUGGAAGCUCUCAGAUGGAGAAAAUAUUUUAAAACUUAGAAGCGGACACGAUUCUGUCACGCAAAUAAUCUCUUUACAAGACAACGAAUUUAUAUCUGCAAGCCUAGACACUCUCCGUCAGUUAAAAAAGUGGGAUGUUUCGUCGGAAGAAGCAGUUAUAGAGUACGAAGGUCAUGCAAACGCAGUACUGUGUGUUAAAUGCACGGAAGACAACAAGUACAUGCUCUCCUGUUCACGUGAUGGAACUAUCAAGCUUUGGGAUAUUGCAAGUGGAGAUUUGUUAGACUCGAUUGAUUUCCACUCUCCGAUUAAACACCUCGAUAUCUCGAGUUUGUGCGAAGAUUAUUUUUACAAACUUGUUGCAGUUACGAAAACAGGUAGUGUUGCUUUCAUGCGCUUGCUGUUACCCGAGGAAGAACAAUCGAGUCGGAUGAAUGGAACAUUGAUUUUGAUGAACAAACAUAAUUUGCUCGAUAACACAGACAACUUAAUACCAGUUCGAACUAAAAAAUGUUGCUGCGCAAUUAUAUAGAUUGGAUAUUAAAAGAGGAAAAUAUCCAAUACAGGAAACAAUCACUCUUUAAUCAUUUUUACGAUAAUUUUUCAAAACGCUAGACACACGACAUAAACAUUUGACGAUACUCUUUCAUAACGUACAUGAAAUUACAUUGAAAAUUACAAUGAAAAUACAUUGAAUUGAACUAUACGCCUUAAUCUUCUAGAUUAUACUUUGUAAAUACGAAAAUGUAAAUAUAGACACAAAAAUCUAAGGUGUUAUUGCCAAGUGUCCUUCGUUUCGCCGAGCGCUUAUUUCCAUAACUUUUUCGCGCGAAAUUAAUUU